UCGUUAAAGGAGAUAAACAAAAGGAUGGGGUACUCCCACAAACCCUGAAAAGCAGCUGCCUACUAAACGGCGAGUCGCAGAGGUCACGUGAUAGUGAAUCUUGUCGCUCUCCUUAUAACUGGGACUUGGAGAUUCGUGACGAGAAGAACCGGAGAAACCCCAUUUGACAUAGUGAAACAGUGAUGGCUGUGGAAGGAGCAGCAAAGAUCAUCAAAGUCUUGUUAUUUGUCUUCAACUUCAUAUUCUUUCUGGGAGGUAUUGGCUUGCUUGGAGUGGGAAUCUAUGUUCAGCUAAAGAUUGGAGAUUAUGUGGCACUUUCCUCUGUGAAAUAUGUUACAGGAUCCAUCAUCAUCAUUGCUGUUGGUGCAAUUAUUGCUGUGAUUGCAUUCUUUGGCUGUUGUGGGUCUAUCAAGGAAAGCAGGUGUCUUCUUGGAACAUUUUUUGCCUUGAUGUUAUUGGUCUUUGGCUUGGAAGUUGCAGGGACAUCAUUGGGUUUUGUGUACCGAGAUCAGGUGAAAGAUGAGUUAAAGAAGGAUCUGAAUCAGACACUGUAUCAGUAUGGUUCUGAUGACAAAAAAGGAGUUACAAAGGCUUAUGAUCUUCUGCAGGAAAAGGAGAAAUGCUGUGGCGUGUAUGGAUACAAGGAUUGGCGGAAAACACCUUUCACACAUGGGAACCACAGUAUAGUUCCUGAAAGCUGUUGCAAAGAAGUCAAACAAGGAUGUGGAGACAUAUCAGCUGGCACAGAAAAAAUCAACAUAGGGGGUUGUUAUGACAAGACACUUGACUUACUCAGAGGAAACCUGCUUAUAAUCUUUGGAUUAGGUGUUGCAGUGGCUGUCAUUCAGCUUCUCAGCAUGAUAUUUGCUCUGGUCUUAAUUUGUAAGAUCAGUAACCAAAGUACAUAUGCUUAGCAAAUGAAGCUUUCCAAACUUAUGCACUGCCAUUUUAAAAAAGUUAUGUCAGGCUUUGCAAUGUAAGAAAUGGUACAGGAUGAAACUCAUUCUAUUGGCUAAACAGAGAAGAUGGUGUAAUGUAAUGUUAAUAUAUGUAAUUUUUGUUGUUUUAAUGUGAACACUUAAAAAAAUUGACAGGUUGCUUGCAGUUGAGUUAUGUACUAUCAUUAUCUAGUAUAAUCAUAACCAUUACAAUUUCCUCAAAUGCAAUUGGCGCAUUAGCUGCUUUAUUUUUCACUAAUCAUUCUGUAGAGCUGUAAUCAGACAGUGUUAUUGGACAGUUGGCCUUAAUUGCACACCUGUAAUCAGACAGUUAAAAUAGUCAGUCAUACUAAGUCUUCUCAGCCAAACCCACCAAUCACAGAAUUAAACACUAUAACCAUAGCAACAGCCACUUAUCCUAAAAAGAAAUCGAGUAGUUUCCAAAAUGGAGAAAUUUUUCUCCUUUAGACAUUGCCUCCACUGGAGAUAUUAGAUUUAAAUGUAUUUGUUGUUUUUGGAAAUUGAAACGGCUAUGAUUAGUUGGUAAUAGGACUUCUUGUUGUCCAAUUCCGUCUGUAAUCAUACUCGUGAUUGACAAAUUGGACUCCCGCUUCACGGUCGUCCAAUUUUGUCAAUCACUAAUAUGAUUGCAGAGCGAAUUGGACUCCAUUCAGUCCUAUUAUUAUUACUAAUAGCCUACACCUUAACUACAAGAUCUUGGAAAAUUCAAAUUUUUAAAUUCGUCCCAAUGCUUUGGUUUACAUUGUUAAAACAAAUGUACUGGUUCAAAUCAGCAGUGCUGAUGAGUGCUGCACUCAUCUGGUUUAUUGAUGCUUAUUAAAUCUCUGCAUGCGCUAUGAUUGGUCAACUUAGUGGGUCAUAUUUCCCUGUACGGCCUGCUAACGUUAAAAGUUUGUGUGUAUUGAAACCUUCCCCUUGUAUUUGAACCCCAAAGAUGUAAUAAACAUCUUACUAACCCCGUUUUCCCAAUUCGUACUGUAAGUUACGGACCAAGAAAUCCAAGCAAAAAAAAACUCAGUCCCUAGCUCAUGGAACGGACCUCAAACUCGGUUACCAAGAGGUAAUUGUUAUAAUCCCAUUGUGUAUUUUAGCACUCGACACGUAACUAUUUACUCAAAUAACGUCUUGUUGUAGGGCCUUAGAAUUAAAGUGACACUAAUGUUCUUCCAGUUACUUGUGUAAGUGUUAACUAGUUAGUUAGGAUAGCUUGCUGAGGUGACUCUUUGCUAUGUUUGGUGUGGGAUUCAGUAAAUACUGCCAUCGUAUUACGUUUACAGAUACACAAGAAUUGGUACUACAGUUUUUACUCAUUCACGCCCAAGGUGCUUAACCUUAUUUCUCGUUGCUAACCGGCAGCCUUAAAUUUCAUAGUUGGCGAGUCAUCAGAAUUUUGCGUUUAAAAAUCCUGUAGUUGACAUAUUAUUUUAAAAUAAUGUAAUUAACGGUGUAUUAAAAGAGUGAAAAGAAGUUACCUUC